AUGCAGUGCGUUUGUAACGACCAGCUCAACAUCCAGCUGAAAGGUGUGCUUUGCAUCAAGCACAUCGCCGCGGAGGAUGUCACCUUCCAAAACUACCUCCUCUCGUGUCCUGGAGCGCGGCCGCCAGCUGUUUCGGACGGCGAGGGCGAAGCUUUGAAGAUCAUGGAUGACAUUGCCGCCCCUCCAAUCGUACCUCAGGCCCGUGCCAUCGAGCCGCAGGAGGUACGAACGGUCCGCGACGCCACCAAGUCGGCGCUGGAGGCCAUUCGAACACCUCACAGCGUGGAGAAGUCCACGGCAGGUGCAUCUUUGAAGGCAAGAUGCCAGGGCUUUGGCAAUUUUGAGCCGCCACCGGAGGAGGAGCCCACGAAGAAAGCCGGGGUGGCCGGUCAGGCCGCGGAGUUUGUGGCCGAUUCCAUUGGUGACAUGGUCGAUGACUUCAAAGAGAAGGGUGCGGUGGGCGCUCUGAAGGAUGCUACUAUUGAUGCCCUGGACCUGGUCUUGGAUGGUGUGGACACCAUCUGGGGCUGGGUGGCCGGUUCAAAGGAGGCCGUCCGCGUUCGUCCGCGUGCGUCCGACGGCCGUACUCAAGAUAGGUGCGAAGAGCCCUUUGGAAUAUUCUGCAGCCCUGUUCGUUAG